AUGGCAGACUCAAAGUUACCGGAGCCGGAGUCCCGUUCCAGCUCAUCGAACGACACAGGAUAUAUCCCAGGUGAUGAUCUAUGGACACAAUGGCGGAACAUCUUCGCCAUCUUGACGGGCAAGAUGUCCGAGGAAGGAAAAGAGCAGUUCCGGAUCGCAAGAGACAUUCGGAAUGAGGCCGCAGAUUGCAAACGAUGCGAGGAGCAGCGUGACUAUCUCCUCAAAUAUAGCCCCAUUAUACGGUUCCUCAGCGACAAUAUCCGUCAACUAGGCGGCGAUCUUUCGAGUCACAAUAUCUACUGCCGUCGCUGCACACAGAGAAAAGCUGGUGGAUUUGACCCCGAGUAUGGCAUACAAAUUUGCGCAAAUGAGAUGAGGGACCAGGGUCACCUGGAGGAUACCAUGGCGCAUGAGAUGAUUGGGACAACAAUCUUAGACAUGCAGCGUGCACUGAGGUAUAUUUCCAGCGUCCCGGGCUAUGUGGAUGACAGCAGGUUCUUAUCCUUGUAUUAUAGAUCCGAGCCAGCUCGUUAA